GUUUUACACAGCUUUGUCUGACUUAUUUAUCUACAUUGUACUAUUGGGCCCCUGGGAGUAAAGGAGGAGGACACAGACAUUCAGCCAGGACUCGAAAACAAAGACGCUCCAUAAAGUCUCCUCUUCCUGAAUGGACGUUCAAGAAAGAAGCAUGAGGAAAGCGUCGACUGUGAUGUGCUGGUUCCUGGUGCUUGAAGCGGUGACGGCUCAGACGGCGCCGGCUCAGACCGGUGGCCGAGCGCUGCCUCAGUGGCUCACCGGCAUCAUCGCCGUCUCUGGCUUCCUUUUCCUCACCUUUGUGUUGUUCCUGGUGAAAAAGGCCUGGUGCGAGAAGUCCGGCAGAGGAAAUGUUGCCGCGGAGCCAACGAGAGAAAACGAAUCAGUCAUGAGCAACGGAAACACAUACGAGAUCAGCCUGGACACAUUCAGGAGCAAAGACGACGACUGCGCGUUCGACAACCUGGCGCUGGGCGUCGCUGAGGACAAGGUCACUGCCAUGUGAGCGGUUGUGGACAGACGCCUCCAUCUCGUGGGUUGGACGGGUGGUGUUCAGCGUGUGCACGUUGUUCAUGUUGAAUCCACUGUGUAAAUAUUUAGCACCAAGAUGACCAUGUAUGAAUGAUUCUAGUUGUUAAUGAGGCACAGACACCACGAGGGAGGGCAGCUGACAGCCGCCUGAUCUCUGAGCAGAUUAAUAACUCAUCUUUUCCAUCCAGCUGCUGAGUCAAACCACCUGUGACUAAUCAUGCAACACUGAGCGGUGGAGACAACGAACAGUUGGUUCAGUUUAGUGAAAAGCAGUUGCAGUAAUGAAACGACGACACAAACACGUGAUGGCAUACACGUUAGACACAGCGUUGAUUCGUCUGGUGGUUCUGAAGUCUGGACCAGCGAAUCCUGACUAUCAGGGUCCAUGGACCUCAGUCGUCAUUAGAGGGGAAACAGCUUUUGGAUGUGACCUGGGAGGCUCGAGAGACGUUUGGGCACUUUUUCAGACUAUGGCUCACUGGACAACAGCAGUGAAGACGUUUGUCUCUAGUACCAUUAGGAAACAGGUUUCCUUAGUACGGGGUCGAGCACCACCUCCUCCCCUGGUUACCAGCAGCUGACUGCUGACUAGCACCUGAGCUAGCGGUGUUGAGCUAAGCUCAGAGGUUUCAUUUAAUGCUUCUGUUGUCGUGUGGAAGACACAGCCAUGGUUGAGUCUGAAACUGGACACCUUCAUUAUUUUCAUUUGCCUCAUUAAAUGUUUUCAUGAAUAUAAUUGAAAUUAAAACAAAUACACACUUUA